CCUCCGUCCGUCGACCCCCUCUCCUCCUGCGCGUCCCGCUCAGCGGCCAGCCGGCCGGCAGCAUGUUCAGCUGGAUGAAGCGGGCGGGGGGCCGGGGCCAGCAGCCCGAGGCCAUCCGCACGGUGACCUCGGCCCUCAAGGAGCUGUACCGCGCCAAGCUGCUGCCCCUGGAGGAGCACUACCGCUUCGGGGCCUUCCACUCGCCGGCGCUGGAGGACGCCGACUUUGAUGGCAAGCCCAUGGUGCUGGUGGCUGGCCAGUACAGCACGGGCAAGACCAGCUUCAUCCAAUACCUGCUGGAGCAGGAGGUGCCCGGCUCCCGCGUGGGGCCCGAGCCCACCACCGACUGCUUUGUGGCCGUCAUGCACGGGGAGGCCGAGGGCAUCGUGCCAGGCAAUGCCCUGGUGGUGGACCCCGACAAGCCCUUCCGCAAGCUCAACCCCUUCGGGAACACCUUCCUCAACAGGUUCAUGUGCGCUCAGCUUCCCAACCAGGUCCUGGAGAGCAUUAGCAUCAUAGACACUCCUGGAAUCUUGUCGGGCGCCAAGCAGAGAGUGAGCCGAGGCUAUGACUUCCCGGCCGUCCUGCGCUGGUUCGCCGAGCGGGUGGACCUCAUCAUCCUCCUGUUCGACGCGCACAAGCUGGAGAUCUCCGACGAGUUCUCGGAGGCCAUCGGCGCCCUGCGGGGCCACGAGGACAAGAUCCGGGUGGUGCUGAACAAGGCGGACAUGGUGGAGACGCAGCAGCUGAUGCGCGUGUACGGGGCGCUCAUGUGGGCGCUGGGCAAGGUGGUGGGCACCCCCGAGGUGCUGCGGGUCUACAUCGGCUCCUUCUGGUCGCAGCCGCUGCUCGUGCCCGACAACCGGGCCCUCUUCGAGCUGGAGGAGCAGGACCUGUUCCGGGAUAUCCAGGGGCUGCCCCGCCACGCGGCCCUCCGCAAGCUCAACGACCUGGUCAAGCGUGCCCGGCUGGUGCGGGUGCAUGCCUACAUCAUCAGCUACCUGAAGAAGGAGAUGCCGUCCGUGUUUGGGAAGGAGAACAAGAAGAAGCAGCUGAUCCUCAAGUUGCCUGUCAUCUUCGCCAAGAUCCAGCUGGAGCACCACAUCUCCCCCGGGGACUUCCCCGACUGCCAGAAGAUGCAGGAGCUGCUGAUGGUCCAUGAUUUUACCAAGUUCCACUCCCUGAAGCCAAAGCUCCUGGAGGCCCUGGACGAGAUGUUGACCCGCGACAUCGCCAAGCUGAUGCCCCUUUUGCGCCAGGAGGAGCUGGAGAGCCCGGAGGCCGGGGUACAAGGGGGCGCCUUCGAGGGCACCCACAUGGGCCCCUUCGUGGAACGCGGGCCCGACGAGGCGCUGGAGGACGGCCCUGAGGGCUCGGAUGAGGAAGCUGAGUGGGUAGUGACCAAGGACAAGUCGAAGUACGACGAGAUUUUCUACAACCUGGCACCCGCCGACGGCAAGCUCAGUGGCACCAAGGCCAAGACCUGGAUGGUGGGCACCAAGCUGCCCAACUCCGUGCUGGGCAGGAUCUGGAAGCUGAGCGACGUGGACCGCGAUGGCAUGCUGGACGACGAGGAGUUCGCCCUGGCCAGCCACCUCAUCGAAGCCAAGCUUGAGGGUCACGGGCUACCAGCCCACCUGCCCCGCCGCCUGGUGCCCCCAUCCAAGAGACGGCAGAAGGGCUCGGCUGAGUGAGCCCGUGGGGUCCCCCCUCUGCUGCCGCCACAGCUGCUGUCUGGGUGCCUUCCACCCCAUCCCUGGCUGCACGCCUCGCACCCACCCUGGCAGGGCUGUGUAUGGGGGAGAGGGUCUUCCCUCUCUGCCUUGCCCAAGGGGUUCAGCUUCUGUUUCCCCCCUCCACACAGGCGCAUUACCAUCACCACCCCAGCCCCUCAUCACAUCACCCUGCCCGGCACAGCUCUUGCUUUAGUAUUUAUUAGGCGCCUACUGUAUACACCCCUUCUGUAUCCACCCAGGAGAACGCGUGGGGCCCAUGCUGUCCCAUGCAGGCGUGCAACCUCAUGUGCGCCCCAACUCUGGUUGGGACCCCACGCAAACAGCCCUCCUAGGUCAGAGCCAGCGUUGCUUCUCAUGCUUCUACCUGGCCCCUUCGGGUGGGGUCGGAGGGGAAAGGACCAUCUCCUGUUUCGGCAGCUGCACCCCUCUUGAGCUGUCCCCUCCACUUCUCACGCUCUUUUAUUUUUGCUGCGCCCAGAUGGGAUGGUCACUUCGGGGAUGCCUUGAUCCCUUGACUUCCAUUCCCCUGGGAGGGGGUGUCCAUGUUUUAGGGGCCUUCCCCAGCAGAUCUCAAGGUCACCGGGCUGCCUCAUAGGGGACUUGUGGGAGGUGGGGUACUUGGUGCUAAAGCCCCCCUCCCUGAACUUUUAACCUGCACCCCUUUUCUAACCUCCCGGAUGAUGAGGGGGGUACCCGGGAGGUCUCUGUGGAGAGUGGGAGCUGGACCAUGCCCCCCUGAGCACCCCCUCUCCAUGGCUGGGCAACCCCAAAGUGCCUUCAGCACACAGCAAAUAAAGCCAAGGCUUUUGUCCA